GGGGGCGGAGGGAGUCAGAACGAGCGCCGAGGCCGGCUUGCAGAGCACAAGAUUCCGCAUGUCGAGGCCGAAGGCUGGGGGAGCUGCUGCUCAUUACCCUCUGGGUCUCCUUGAAGAUCGCCUCUGGAGAAAGGGAAGUCUUGCAGGGGAAAGGCGCCGGUCCCUCGCCUCCCCCGUGUGUCGGCCAGGCAGUGGGAAGGACGGAGCUGGGCGCUGCAAACUGCUGCGGGAAUAGCAGCGGCAGAAGCAGCGUUUCAGCCGUGGGAGAGUUUCAUUCAAUGUGUGGAGGAAGCCCCCGGGGGCUCACGGCUUGGCGAUCGGUGCAGCUGCCUCCUGGGCUCCUAUUUGCAACAGCGAUUUUCUUCCUCCUUCAGCGGAUCUGGCUUCUUGCCGGGGCUUUAUAAUCUGGGAAGAGAGACGCGGGAAAGAACAGAAAAGGCAGAUCACUGCUUGUAGUUGAGCACAAAGGAACUGCAGAGACUUCCACAUCCUUCAGUGAGAAGAAAGAAGCCAGCAGAGCAGGAUUAAUGCCGACUUGUUUCUGGUGGCCUUUUUGUACAAAGGCUGCCUUGGAGGGGAAUAAAGAAGGAAAGAAACACCGUGAUAUUUAAUGAGCUGUGAAAUGAAGCACUGUUUCUGCUGCUGCUGCCACCACUGCUUCCACUGCUCCUAACCCUCACAUUACAAGAUUCAUCUGCUCUUCAUUGUGCUUAAUAUACAUGUUUCUGUACCGUGCAUUUAGAAAAUUCCAGAAAGGAGUUCAAAACGGCUGCCGGGGAAAGGCCACCAAACAUGCCUACAGAAACACUACAGACAGGUAGCAUGGUCAAACCUGUCGGCCCUGCCAUCACAUUCACUUCUGCUGUCCCUCUUCGCAUUUUAAACAAAGGACCUGACUAUUUCCGUAGGCAGGCAGAGCCUAAUCCAAAAAGACUCAGUGCGGUAGAGAGGCUGGAAGCUGACAAGGCAAAAUACGUCAAGAGCCAAGAGGUCAUCAAUGCCAAACAAGAGCCUGUGAAGCCAGCAGUGCUUGCCAAGCCACCAGUAUGUCCUGCAGCUAAGCGAGCCUUGGGCAGCCCUACCUUGAAAGUGUUCAACAAUAACAUAAAGACUGAGAGUGGAGUCCAGAGAGAGAAUCUAAAGCUAGAGAUUUUGAAAAACAUAAUCAACAGCUCAGAGGGCUCCAGUUCAGGCUCAGGUCACAAACAUAGUUCACGAAAUUGGCCUCCCCACAGAUCCGAUUCAGGAGACUUAAACCGACACUCAUUUGCUGAGUCUUUAAAAGUAUUCCCAACUCAAGGCCAUAGCAGUCCUCAAGAAAGCAACUCAAGCGUGAGCAGAAGACUACUGGAACAGUCGCCAGAGUCAUUCUUGCACGUUUCCCAUAGCUCAUCAGACAUUAGAAAAGUAUCUAGUGGUAAACCCUUAAAAGCAAUACCAUGUAGUAGUUCAGCUCCUCCUCUGCCUCCCAAACCCAAAAUUGCUGCCAUUGCUACUUUGAAAUCACCAGAAAUGGACAUGGUAGAGCCCAGCUGUGGAGUCAGCAGAAGACCUUCUCUGCAGCGCUCAAAAUCAGACUUAAGUGACAGAUACUUCCGUGUUGAUGCAGAUGUUGAAAGAUUCUUUAACUACUGUGGACUGGAUCCUGAAGAGCUUGAAAAUCUUGGGAUGGAGAAUUUUGCAAGGGCUAACUCUGAUAUUAUCUCUCUCAAUUUUCGCAGUGCAAGUAUGAUCAGUUCAGACUGUGAACAGUCUCAGGACAGCAACAGUGACCUUAGGAAUGAUGACAGUGCCAAUGACCGCGUGCCAUAUGGCAUUUCUGCAAUUGAAAGAAAUGCCAGAAUCAUCAAGUGGUUAUACAGCAUCAAGCAAGCUAGAGAGUCACAGAAAGUGUCCCAUGUAUAAGUGGAUGCACAGGGGAACAAGCAAAGACUGUAUCUUUGUGAAUAGUCAGUUGUGAAGAGUUGUGAAGUCUACUUGAAGUCUUAAUACACUUCUCAGAUCUCUUUUUUGUGUUGCUUGUUGUGCAAUGUUUUCAAGUUGCAUGCCUGUCAACAUGUGAACUGACCUGGCUUCCACUUGAACAAUAAUUAGCUACAGAGCCUGGCUGAGCAUACACACAUUAUCUGCCAAAAGUUUAAGACCAGAAUCCAAAUAGGGCUUUGUUUAUAAACAAAUAUGUUUACAUUAAAUGGCUGAAUGGCUUAUUUUCAGUAUGUCUGUAGUUCUUUGUGGAUUUUUUUAAAUAUAUCACAAUGUUUGUGUCUUAAUCACAUGUAUAGUUAACAGACACAGGUAUCUUUUCAGCUAAAAUUGAAAUCAAUUUUGGAGGCAAAAAAGAGAAACAUUGCCAAAAUAAGAAAGAUUGGGUUGGUCCAAUGUUCUGUUAAUGGAAUUGAAAUUUCCCAUUUCUCCUCUUCUGCUUCAGCCCACUGAGCUCCCUGAAAUGGUAUUUGUGGGGCAAAGGGGACCCUCAGGAACACUGUGGGGAGUGAAGUGGGAGGAUCUGCAGAGUAAGCAGAAAUCAAUUAAUAUUGCCUUCCUCUGCUGCUGGUGGGAAGUGCCUUAUACCAGCAGAAUAUGGCCUUUGGCUUAAACCAUUAGUCUAAAACAUUACCUACAACCGCCAGAAAAUGAUUGAUGCAAUUUUUGAAGCAAGUUGUUCAACUUGUUUUAAAGGGUUCAAUUAGAAUCUUUUAAAUAAUCCUUUUUAGAUUAAAGUUUUCUGUGGGGGGAAAGCCCUUUGCUCCUGCCCAUUAAUUUUUUCUCUAAAAAGGACUCAAAAAGUGUAUAAGCUACUCUUGCAGGUGAUUGAUGAAUAAAGGACUUAAAUGGUCCAACCAAUCCAGACUUUAUUAGAAAGAGGCCCAAAAAGCAACCAAUCAAAAGAUGCGUUGGUUUUGAAAGAAAGAUUCCUUGUCUUAAACUUUUGACAGGAAUGGUUAGAUGCUGUUCACUGAUCUUGAAUGCCUUUUAAACUAGACAAAGCACAUCAUGAUUACAAGCUCCUGCUGCUGACUACAUUUUUGUAGACCUGUUUGAGCAGUUCAUGAACUGAAAAUGGAAGUACACAGCCAUAUCAGUAUAAGAGCCUCUUACCCGGACGUGAAACACACUCAAUAUAGCUGAACUAUAUCUGAGAAAUUGUGAUAAUGUUGUCUUAAAUAUGUUAUAUCUUAAGGCUGUGGAAGUUUGUUACAACUCUAGGAAACUGUAGAAACAUGACAGUAUGUAGCUCUUUUCUUUUCUUUUUUUGCCCCUUCUCUUUCUGCCCCCUUCCUAUGGUGUUUAGUGCUGCACGUCAAUCUGUUACACAUUUUUUGACAAUCUUGUGUCUUCCCAAUGGUUUGACUGUCAUGUCAAAGUGACAGUUGUGGUGCGUAGCGGAGAAGUUGAAAGUGCAGUGGUUUGCUUCAUUAUUAUUAUAUUCAUGCUUUGAAGUACUUUGCAGCACUAUCUAAUACUUCAUCAGCUAAUAGGAAACUUUUUAUUGUGUAAAUGCUGUAAGACUUUGUACAUAUUUCAGUUCUUAUGAGAUCUUUAAAAAAGAGAGAGAGUGUUAUGCUAAUAAAUAGCUCUUGGUACAGCUA